AACCGUGGAACAGUCAAGGAUUAUUCACCUUUUUCUUCUGAAACUGAUGCAGAAAUUUUAAAGAAAGCGAUGAAGGGUUUCGGUUGCGAUGAAAAAGCCAUUAUUUUUAUUAUGUAUUCUCGAAGCCAUCAACAACGACAACAAAUCGUUCGCGAUUUUAAGACAUUAUUUGGCAAAGAUCUUAUAAAAUGUUUAAAAAAUGAAUUAAGUGGAAAGGUUCAAGAUACAGUAUUGGCAUUACUAAAAGAACCUGCUGAAGUUGAUGCACAUGAAUUACGCAAAGCAAUGAAAGGCUUGGGAACAACAGAAAGUACACUAGUUGAAAUAAUUUGUAGCAGAAAUAAUCAAGAACUCUCAGAUAUCAAGGCUGCAUUUAAGAACGAAUAUGACCGUGAUUUGGAGAAAGACGUCUACAGUGAAACUUCCGGUCACUUCCGAAACUUUCUAGCGUCGUUGCUGCAUGGAAAUCGAUCUGAUGAUCAAACAGUUGAUGUGCAACAGUCAGCUAAGGAAGCUAAGGCACUAUAUAAAGCUGGCGAAGCGCGUUGGGGAACUGACGAAUCAAAAUUCAAAACCCUUUUAGCAGCACGUAGUUAUCCGCAGUUACGGUCAAUUUUUCAAGAAUAUUCUAAGAUAUGUAAAUAUACAAUUGAAGAAUCCAUUAAGAGAGAAAUGUCGGGUGAUCUUAUGAAAUGUAUGCUGGCAAUUAUUUCUUGUGCUCAAUCUACUCCUAUGUACCUUGCUCAACGAUUGCACAAAGCCUUAACGGGAAGUCUUGACAGUAGUGCCGUUAUUCGUAUCGUGGUUACUCGAUCAGAAGUUGAUAUGGAAGAUAUAAAGGCAGAAUUCUUAAAAUUAUAUGGAAAAAGAGUAGAAGAUGUAGUUGAGGAUAAACUAUCCGGCAGCUUCAAAAGGAUCAUACUAGGUCUUUUGGGUGCUAGAGAAUAGACAGUAGUUAUGUUUAGAUAAAUCGUGUAUGAGUGUUGUAGCAUCUAAUUCUAACAAGAAUAGUGCUUAAUAAUAGAUUAAGCUAAUUUAUGUAUCAUGAUCAUUUAUAAUAGUUCGUUUGAAAAUGUGAGAAGAUUUAUUAAAUUCAUUAUGUUACCGAAAUAUCCCUUUGAUAAUAUACAAUAAUACUGCGAACGCAAAUUCACAAAUAUAUUUGGUAGCUGCGACUUUAUCUAUUACUGUAGAUAGAUACUUCAUACUUUUUCGUAUCUAAAU